UAGUCUGCUCCGGGGCUGCUGGAUGCUCCAUGAUGGAUGAGGAGUGACAGAUCGGGGUUAGCCGCCAGGGGAGUCCAUUUUCUUCCAGCGCACGGUCCUACCCGAGGAGAAAAGCGAAGGAGGAGACGCAGGAGAAGGGGAAGGGGAGAAGCGACCGAUUUCCACUCCUCCUCUCUGACUCUCUCUCUCUCCUCUCUACUCCUGAGCAUCUCAUCCUACUGGGCUUUACCCGGACUGCACCGCAUUGACGCUGCUGCUGCUGCUGCUGCUGCUGCUGCUGCCGACCCAACCCAAUCAACUAACGCACGCAGAGAAUUUGAGGAUUUGAUUCUUGCAACCUGGAUGCUGUGCAGAUCGUGGACGUGCAACUGUUCUCUCUGUGUGCCUGCUUCUCUUCUCUGCAUCCGGAUUCGCUGUCCUGCUCGGUAAUGUCAAGACUUUGAAAAAGGGGAGUGACGGAAGAGGAAGGUUUUUGGAGAUCAUUGCAGCUGCGGCGCGCACAGUGCACAAGGAGAGACGCUGGGAGGUUUCCUACAAGUUUGCACAGCUCACAUCACGAAUGGAGCGAUUUUACUGAAGCCCUGCGCUCCUUCUUUGAGCUCUUUCCAACAUGGGUGUUGACUGAAUGGAAGAGUAUCCCCCGCGCUGCCACUGAGGUCUGAGGAUGCACUGGUGAGGAUUUAAAAAAAACCUGCGCUCGAUCAUUUUCUUUUUUUCUUUUUUUUUUUUUUGGACCAUGCAGAUUCUGCCGCCCAGGACGUUGUUUGUGUUACUGGCCCAUGCACAUGUGUUGUUAUCUCUGAGAAAUUAUGGGGAAGUUCGGACUAACAGCAGCUCGUACUCUGGCAGGACUUUCCAUGGGUCGCUCCGGGAGAGUCACCAAAGCAGAGCCCGGGAUCGUGCGCUCUCGCCCGGGCACGCCACAGGUGCGUCCUCGGCGGAGCUCCAGGCGAUUAUCAGAGGGACCCUUAACUCCACUCACCCCUGGAAGAGGGUAAUUGCGGGAGAAAUGAGGCGAGUUGGACACAAGCGCGACUAUAAUAGGACUGUGACACCCAUGGAGGAUCCCAACGCCGCCUCGCACUGGGAGCCGACGCGCCACCAUAAUAAGAGGAUAAAGUUGAAUGGCGCUCUCAGUAGUACGGGGACGCCAGCAGGUGGACACUACAAUGCGGCUAAGCCUUCCUCAAUGGGCCGGGGAGACGGAGGAGGGGGGAUAGAGGAGGGCGACAGGCACAAGAGAGGCACAAAAGACGAGCAGAAGAAAGGCUGGAAGAGGGGGAGAAACCGGCCCAACAAAAGCCCCGUGGUUUUGGCGUCGCCGUGGGAACCCAUCCCCAAACCGGUGGCGCUCACUUCCACCGACCUGCCCUUUGACCUCUUCACCAGGAAGCCCGAGUUCUUCACUUUCAGGGAGGAGAACCCGUGGGACGCAACGCCGAUCACCCCACCCAGCUCGCAGGACUUCGGGAACGAGAUCAAGAACCCGUUCUACCCGGUGACGAGCGAGACUUACGGCGCGUACGCGAUCACGUGCGUCUCCGGGGUGAUUUUCCUGGUGGGCAUCGCGGGCAACAUCGCCAUCCUGUGCAUCGUGUGCCAGAACUACUACAUGAAGAGCAUCUCCAACUCUCUGCUGGCCAAUCUGGCCGUGUGGGAUUUUGUGCUCAUCUUCUUCUGCCUGCCUAUGGUGGUUUUCCACGAACUCACCAAGUCCUGGCUGCUGGGAGAGUUUACCUGCAAAGUGGUGCCCUAUGUGGAGGUGGCCUCGCUGGGUGUCACCACCUUCACCCUGUGCGCUCUGUGCAUCGACCGAUUCCGUGCAGCCACCAACGUCCAGAUGUACUACGAGAUGAUCGAGAACUGCACGUCUACUACCGCCAAGCUGGCAGUCAUCUGGAUCGGUGCCCUCCUCCUGGCCCUGCCGGAGCUUCUUAUCCGACAGCUUGUUGCAGAGGACACGGGCAUCCCGGACGAGCCCCCCGUUGAACGCUGCAUUAUCAGGAUAUCCACCUCGCUUCCUGACAUGCUCUACGUGCUGGGCCUGACGUACGAGGGCGCUCGGCUGUGGUGGUGCUUUGGCUGCUACUUUUGCCUCCCCACCCUGUUCACCAUCGGCUGCUCACUGGUGACGGCGCGUAAGAUCCGGCGUGCGGAGCAGGCCAGCGUGCGCAGCAACAAGAAGCAGAUCCGGUUGGAGAGCCAGAUGAACUGCACCGUCGUGGCGCUGGCGAUAGUCUACGGUGCAUGCGUGGUCCCCGAGAACAUCUGCAACAUAGUUUCGGCCUAUAUGGCGGCUGGUGUUCCUGAACACACCAUGUCCGUCCUCCACCUUCUCUCCCAGCUGCUGCUCUUCUGUCGGGCCGCCGUGACGCCGGCGCUGCUGCUGCUCCUGUGUCGGCCCCUGGGCAGGGCCUUCCUGGACUGCUGCUGUUGCUGCUGCUGCUGUAACCACGCUCCUUCCUCGGCGACGGCCAGCGACGAUAACGAACACGAGUGCACUACCGAGCUGGAGCUGUCGCCGUUCAGCACCAUCCGCAGGGAGCUCAGUAACUACACCCCUGCCGGCUCCAACUGCUAAACUGACAUUCCUCAUCAGGGAAGGAGAAUUCACUAGCCUGCCAUCUGCCUGUGGCUAGUGUCUCUCAGACUCGACUAGGAGAGAUAUGCCUUACCUAGUCCACUCACAUUUUUAAAUGGGUGCAUGAAUGAAGGUGGGCACUAAAUAAUCACUUGUAGCCAGUGGUCCUACAUCCUCAACUUUCAACUUUACAGUAAAUGCAUAACCCUUGUUUUCCAGGACAGCUAACAAAAAGCAAAAUCUCCUUUUCACUCAUGCCCUGGGGUGCUCUUAAAACAGGGUCAGUACAUGUUUUUAGCAAUCCUGCCUGAAACCUUUAAAACGUACAAACCUCUCCUCUGUAGGCCUUGUACGCCUAAAUAUUUUUGGGCAUUUGGGAUAGCCUCUUAACCUGUGUGAUGCCUGGUUCCUCAAAAGAGCCGAUGUAAAGAAAUUAACCUGAUUCUAAAAAGGUAAAGGUAAUGAUAUUAAAACUGGACAAUAAUUAUACAGAAUAUGUCACAAUAAGUGCAGUUUGUCAACGGUUUGUGAUGAUUCGACUACCUUGACGAACUCUGUUGGCUUAAGGAAGAAAUAAUCAGUUCCAAUCACCUUCCAAAUGUGUCACUGUAGAAAUUUUGGGGACUAACUAAUCAUAGCACCUUCCAUAAUAACUCAGAAACAACAUCCAGCUAAAGAUGUAGGCUCACACUGCCUAUAGACAUACAAGACUAAGUUUACAGACUACAUCAGCUGUAAAUGUGCAGUUCAUACAAUGGUGCACAUGUGGGAAUAAGGCUUUUGAUAAUUAAACUAGCGCAGGGCAUCUCAGCGGAAAUGGCAGUUUGCGAAAGGAAAACAAAGGAGAUUGGUUUGGAGAAUCCAAAUGUACACAACAAUAUUUAACACUGUAUAUUGAAGAAUAUCCAGUUGACUCAAACAUAACUGGGCUGGUCUCAGAGUACAACAACCACGGACACGAGCGGAAUUAAAAUGUUUGGAAUUGAAAUCAAAUUAGAGGCGAACGAAGCGGAAUGGAAAAGAAUGAAACACUACAGAUUAAAUUGAACGGAGUGAACAUGAAUCGAGUGGACUAACUAAUGGAACAUAACACCGUGGAAUAUAAUUGAAAGGGAUGGACUCAGCAUGGACUGGACUGAGGUAAACGUAUCUGCACUACACUGUUGUAUCAUGUUUCGCCUUACACUUUGGGCUGUAUAUAUACUGUACACUUUCUUCGGUGCUCUUAUGAUGAAUGCGCUGUCAACAACAAAUCCAUGGGUUCCACUUAGAAUCACAAGGAAUUGAGCUGCGUACUUUGUUUUGGGUCAAGAAGGCAGAUCACAGUUGUGUGUGACUCUUGAAUACACAAAGGUAAAAGAUAAAAUCGUUGAAGAUUUAUUCAAGGUUGUCACACAAACAGCUGAGAGAGAGAUCGCCUGAAUCUUUGCCUUUAUUUAGACUGACAGUGGUUUGACAGAAGUAUAGUAGCACUUCAUUUUACAGUACAGUAACCACUAGGUCACUGGUAAAUACUUUUGCUUUGAAGUAACACUGUACAGUUCAGUAGAUGCAAUAAUAAACUAGUAUCCACAUUUUAUUAUAACAUUGGUACAGAAAUAUAAUUACUGGUAAGAGGGCAAUAAAUACCAAUCAUAUACACGAUAAAUAAAUCAUCUUAUUAACUUAUUGUUUUAAAAAGUGCCAUGACUGCAUAUUUACAUUGUAAAUACUACUUGUAAAUAUACUAGGAAUUAUAUAUUUGUACCAAUAAUCACUGCAAAGUUUUAUUUUUGUAAUUUAUUUACAGGUUAUUUUUUAUUUAUUUAUUUCUGAACUGUAAAACAAAGUGCCACUAUUUAAUCUAAAGCAAAACCGCAACUGAAUCACUGAACCCCUCCUUCAGCCAGUGAUCGUCCAAUUGCUCUUUAGCAACCGUAACUAGGCACAGCAGGUCUGUCCAGCUUUUAAUCACUUCCUGUUCGUGACUUAGCAUUUAAACUCAGUUUAGGUUAAAAAAAAAUGUCAAACCAAAAACACAAGCUCAGAGGUAGAAGACAGUGUUUACUUUCAGUAGCAUAUGGUGGAACUGUUAGCAUGUCCACCUGAUUAGCCUGAUAGCUGCAGGGAAGACGCUGUCAGAAUUCAAGGUAAUUAUUCUGAAGGUUAGCGGCUGUGUUCUGCUUAUUGGAUAUUGGAUUUAUGAAGUUUACACUUCAUCAACUCCAGUCAUUAGCCAUGUUUCCAUACUAUAAAAAGCUAAUUUGAAGCAAACUUUUGAAAUGCUGCAAAAAAAUGAAGAAAUAAAUAACUGUGUUUUUGUUUUUUUUAAACGUGAAUUGGACUCGUUUCUGUUAACUUCUUUAGAGUGAAUAAACUGGUCUGCAUAGCGGUGACAGAGUAGAAGAAACUGAGAAUAAAACAAACUAUGUUGAUGCUAACGGAUAAAAACCUUGAUGAGGAACAAACUAGGAAAAAUUUGACCAUCUAUAAGACAAAAAUGGAGAGAAAUCUAAAGUAGUUUUUUACACUGAAAUAAUUCAUUGGGUAUAGUGGUCAUGUUUCGUGCUGUCUGGUGCAAAACGGCAAGGUUAAACCAGGAAAUUGAACACGCUGAAAAAUAAAUAGCAUUAUUCAGGUCUGAAAUUCAUCGUAAAAAAAACUUAUUAUUAAAGCCUUUAACAAAUUGAAAUAUUUUAUCUGUAUAUUGAAGUCCAGCAUCACAGUAACUUGGAAGUGACUGCAGGGUAACAUGUAGUCUUAAUCAGCUGCAUUUCAGUCGCUGUUUCAUACUUGGUAUAUCGUCUGAGAACAGAAACAGAAAAUAUGUGAAUGAUAACAGCUUUAAUGGGAGUUUGGCUGUAAUAAGAUCCAGUAUAAGUGAGCACAAAGAGCAGGAGAGAAGCAAUCAGAUGUGAAGUCACUCCACAGUGAAAAGCUCCUUUGUGUUUUUGCUGUUCAGGUUUUAGUGCUUGUACUUUCUCAGAUUUGGAUCUUUGGAAAAUUCUACUUCUAAAUUGAUGGUGCUGCUGUCAUUGUUUGAGGCUGAAGUGCUGACUGCAUCUGAACAAUGACAGGAGCCAAAAAAGUGAUGCUAAAGAAAAAUAUUUGUUAUGAUGUACUAGAGUAAAAAAUAUGCCUUGGCUAAAAGUAUUGCAUUUCCAUAUACUACAAUGGUAAUUCCAUCGCAGAAGAUCUAAUGGAAUCACAUCUUUUGUUACCAGAGAUACCAUUAAUCCAUAAAAGCCUUUUCUCAUAUAGCAUUAAAAGGGAAAACAUGCAAUUUAAAAAUGCAGACAAGUAUUUAAGCGAAGGAACUGAGCAGGCUAAUGUGGAUGCAAGUUUCUUUGACUUGAACAUGUAGCUUUAGCUUCAAUUUUUUAGCAUGCAGUCAUAAGUUUGUAGUCAGGAUUGAAAACUAAGCAGGAAACAUUAAAAAGACAGUAUUUUUAACCAACCUGUCCUACUGACGUUAGCUUAGUUAGCUAGCUAGCCUUAGCUAAUAAAAUCUGCUAGCUGCAGUUGGCAUUUUAGCCUGCAUCAUCUGUAGUAGCUGGCUAGAGAUGAGAAACUUGCUUUGUCUACCUCUGUCUGAAAUGAAAACUCAUUUAUGAAUACAUUUAAUGGUGAAUCUGCCGCCAUCAUCUCUGCAAACUACAUGUAUGUAUCAGAUGGGGAAGAUUGACUAGCGUAGCAACAGUAAUUAAGGAACGCAGGGCCUAGCAAACAGUCAAUUAUAAAAUGUAAACAGAACCUCUUGACCUCUAAUACUCUUUGCAGUUUCAUUACUUGAGCUUUUAAGGAGAACCAAUGAAAUGUUUUUCACAGUGUAUAAAUUUACAAGUGUAUUGUACUGUAAAUCUGUUUUCUUAAUCCUACUAAUCAGACCUGGGUCAAAGCAAGGUUCAAACCACUACGUUACAUUUAAGACAGUUGAAAUUCUCACAUGAAAAAAAAAGAAGUGAAUCGCCUAAACACUUAGCAUAGAAGGUGUUUUGUGAGCUGUAUGUUUUAGAAGUUGUGCCUGACUUCGGAGGAUGACCAAAAAAAAAAAUAAUGCUUUUAUUUGUGAAACCUGAAUUGAUUUGAAUAUCUAGACUCUAGCUGGUGAACUCGGUGCUGACCCAGGUGUGAUGUUCAUCGGUAUAACUGUAUAUUGCGAUGAAUCUUUUGCAUAUUGAUUCUGCACUGCCAAACACCUUCUCUCUGUCUGUCUCUUGUGCUCUUGUGGUGGUAGCACUCUCUCUCUCUCUCUGGGUGUCUCUCUCAGCAAUGGAGGUCAGUUUACUUCUAGCUCCAUCACUACAGGUAGAAAAAUAUUCCUGGAAAGCAUAAAUCAGCCGGCUCUAAUGAACCGUUCAUGAGCUCCAAGAGAUUCGGCCACCUCUGGUUUGUGCUGCCUGCUGUUGUUCGAGUUAUUAGAGGGAACAGGCAGCAGCUCUGCAACACAAUGCCCUGCAGCCUGUGCGACAACUCUUUUUAUUACCAUCACUAUCAGGGUAUUGUGGUCCAAUGUGUAAACCUGUCCAGGGAUUGUAGCUUUUAUGGCCUUGUUCUGGCCCAUACGUUAAAUCUCUUUCUGCUCUCUGAUGGGACUUGUUGUGAACUCGCCUCUAAACCUGAUUAAUCUUUUUUCUGCAUAUUUCUGGAAGUAUAGCUCAUAAGUGGCUCAGUGUGUAGUAACGUGGUUGAAACUAUUGAUGAAGUGAUUCUUGUUAAAUCAGUCAGUGAGACGUUUAUUCUGAAACUUUGUGAGUAUCCUCUUCACUCUGAGCAAAACGUGUCUGUAUUUGAUACCUGAAAAUGUAAGCACACAACCACUAUUGUCUCCAAGUCUAGUCACUGGUUUCUAAAUAGCUUUUUAUAUAGCCAAAAAAACUGUCCCUUUGUUUAUCAAAGAACUUUAUCUUGAAAACUGUAUAUUAAAUUCCUAAAUGUA